CGGGUGCUCGCCUUCCUUCUGUCGCACGGCUCACUCUACGCUUGACGCACCGACCAUUCCCCCAACGUCUGCUCUGCAUGUAUACAAGAUGGACAGUUCAGAAUCACCUGUCCCCAUCCCCACUCCCAAGCAAAAACGACCGUCGUCCAUGGCCUGCGACAACUGUCGCCGACGCAAGGUCCGCUGCACCAGGGAACGACCAUGUCAAAAGUGCCAGGACGUCUCCCUCGUAUGCUCGUACACCAGCAUCCCGCGCAGAAAAGGCCCCAAAGGCCACAAUGCCCAUGUACUGAACUCGUUACGAAUCCUCAAUGUCCUUCCAGCUGGUACAACCAGCUCGACGGGCAGCUAUGCGCAGCAGCCACAAGCCUUCACGAGCAUGCCGACUCUAGCGUCCAGCUAUGAUAUGGAGAGCACAACAUCGUCCUCUCCGACGCCCUCAUUAACCGUUUCCCACACCUCAGGUUCAUCGGCAGAUCAUCAGACUCAGCUUGGUCUGUCCCCCUCCUCGCCCACUACCACCACUCGGCGCAUCUCCUCUACGGUCCUCGGCGCGCACGUCGGCCUAUUCUUGCAUCAUCUCUAUCCCAUUAUGCCGGUGGUCGACGCCCAAGCCAUGGCCGACUGUGCCGACCCCGAUGCCCUGCAUCCAAGACGAUACGCCCAUCUAGUUGCAUUGUCAGCAGCAACUCACCUGCAGCUCAACCUCGAUAUCGGGGAGCCCAAGCCAUCAGAUGACAAUCUGAUAUCCGGACACGACCUGAUCCUCGAGGCGCUCCGUGCACUCUGCGAAUAUGACCCGUUGGAAGAACCACAUAUGGACACCGUCCUCACUAUGUUCUUCCUCUUCUGCGCUUACGGCAACUUGAAUAAACCCAGCUACGCCUGGCAUUACCUGAGCCAGACGAUUUCAUAUUUGCAGAUACUAAACUUGGACAAAGAGGCAAUAUACGCUGGGUUGUCACUGGCAGAUGCAGAGGCCCGUCGGCGGGUAUUCUGGCUAGUAUUCAUCACAGAACGUGCAUACGCCCUGCAGACCGGGCGGCCGGUCAUGCUACGACCUAGCAUCCGCAAGCCCUCCGUACUAAACUCCGAAACCCCAGUGCUCCUGUACGGCUUCGUGAGCCUCAUUUCCCUGUUCGAGCAGAUGGUCCCGGACUUUUACAGCUGGAACAACAUGGAAUCCCUGAAUGGGCUGCAAGAGUCUUCUGCUCUCAAUGCCAUGUACCAGUCCAUCUCCAACCCUCCCGCGCUUCUGGCUGAGGUCUCGGAAACGCACCAGGUGGACUAUAUCAUCAGCCAGCAGUGGCUGCUGGUCUGCCUCUGGAACUACCACAUGAAGCUAUAUCCGUAUCGAGGCCGAGACUCAAGCACUCUCUUACCAAUCCAUAUCCCUCUGAUGGCUGGGAGAUGCGCGCUGGCGUGCCUCUCCUCUGUCUCCAUGCCGUCCGUUGAUGCUCACGGCAUCGGAAUGGAACAAAAGCUCUACGACAUCGGCGAGAGCAUCACGCAACUCGCACCAACCCUCCUCACCAAACGACCCACCAAGACUCUCUCCACCUCCGAGACGAAAGACCUGCUGAAAAGCAUCCUCGAUGUCCUAUCGCGCACCCGCGGCAGCCAGUCGUAUCUCUUCUCGACGCUGCUAGAAAAGUCGCAGGACAUUCUGCAGGCGAAUCACCUGCCGCCGCCGCCGCCACCACAGCUCUUUGGCUCGUCGAAAAAGGUCCAGCCACACUCGCAGCCGCAGCCACAGCCACAGUCACAGGCGGACGGCGGGUUCAUGUCGCUUGAAAUGGUGGCGGAUCCGCCAGAGGAAGGGGGUCCCUCGGAGCCGGAUGCCCUGGUGGUGGAGACGGCAGAGGGCGUGAGCUCCUCUCACGGGUUUAAGCCGUUGUCCGAGCAGGGCCAUGGUAGUGACUUGUACUUGCAGUAUUGAAUACUAUUAUUGUGCUACUAUCAAUGUUCUCUACCUUGAUUACUCUACCAGGCGCAUUUAAUCGAUGAAUGCAUGUACACUCUAUGGUGG